ACAACAGCCCCUAUAAAUACUGUAGAAGCUCCACAAGAAGCAAGCACUGGGCUUCCUUCUUUUUCGAUCAAGUCUACAAAAAUGGGAAUGAUGGAAAGCAAGUUGAAGAUAGUGACAUAGAGCUUUGGAAAGACUGUUUCAAACACUGGAUUGAAAAACAAGAGGGCAGUUUCAAACUAAUGAAGAUGAGGUCAAGAAAGAGAGAUGGGUCACUGGUCAAUUGCUUAAGUUAUUUUGGAGUAAGUAUGCAGUGUGCAAGCUUCCUCCCUGGAUUCUUCUCCAGUAGAGAUCUUACUGUAGGUGAUAAUGGUGGUGCAUGGACCCUGUAUAAUACUGCGAAAAUCUUGAACAAUGUGCAUUCCCGCAAUGUGGUCUCGCCACUGCCCUCUAUAGACCAAUUUUCAGUUUAUGAAAAGGAAGUAUUGCGCCAGACAAUACUCCAGCAUGAGUCCAUUUUCAGAGAUCAGGUCCGUGAACUGCACCGGCUUUAUCGAAGACAAAGGGAAUUGAUGGAUGAAAUCAAGAGGAGAAUGCUAUCAGACCGAAUCUUACAAUCUGACUCCACUGCUUUUUUGCCCAAAUUUUCAUCCGAGGCUGUCCAUGGAACAAGCCAAAACCCCAGUUUACCCUGGUUAAACCCUACUGCUAGCAGAUUACCUGUUUCGAGUGCCGAAAACUUUUGGUCAACUUCAAGCUUUUCUGAGUUGUUGCGUUCCAAAUGUGAAAAGCCUAAGAAGAAAAUGUUUGACCUUGAACUUCCAGCAGAGGAGUACAUCGAUAGUGAAGAGGAGGAUCAAUUUCAAGAGGAUAAGGUUUCUGAAGCAUCUGAGAUGCCUUGUUUUCCAACAAAGAGAAUUCAAAUGGUUUCGCAGAAAAGUGAUUUAGAACGGUUUCCUUGUCGUGAUCCGUCUUCUGGAAGGAAUUGUGAUUUAGCUGACUUGAAUGAACCCCUGGGGCUUGAGGCUGCAGUGGCUUCAGAAUCAAUGGACUUGAAUAUGCCUCCUAGCGGUUUACUUGACUCCAAAACCUCUCAAAAAGAUGUUAGAACUGAAGAUGGAGUAAAGAAGCAUGAAGAUUUAAAAGCAGUGUUGCCCGCAACCGGAGAGAAAAUGCGAGACUUCAGUAACAAACCCAACGAGCUGGCAGAAGAUUCAUCCCAGAGAGAUUUGGUCUUUUCACAGGCUUUUUCAACAUCUGUCUGUGAUCCUGAGCCGAAGAGGUUUAAGACUAGUGAUGCUUCCGAUGAUAAGGUUGAUUUAUAUAGAGAGAUUAUAGCUGACAGCUCGAUUUUAAAGGUUGUGAAUCAAAUAGACUUGAACUGCUGCAUAAAUGAAGAGGAGUGUUCACCUGAACUCCCCGUUCCAGUGGUCACGAAAACAGUGGCAGAAAUAGAAUUGGAAGCGCCUGUUAGUCCGGAAAACAAGGAGUGCUCUCCGCCUAGAGGAGAAUCGGAGGAAAACCCACUUGAGACUCCCGUCAAGUUGUCAAAGCAGGAAGAAGACGGGGAACACCAAAUCGAUGAACUUGUCAGGAUGGCAGCAGAGGCUAUAGUCUUGAUUUCCACACCUGGGUCUCCAAAACUGUUAUCAGAAAACAUUGUUUGUGAGAGAUUGGAAGGUUAUCCUAGUGACUCCCUUGAUUGGUUUGCCGAGGUGGUUUCUUCUUUUGCUGGUGAUUUUGAUUAUGAGAUUGGUGUGGUUUUGGGACAGGAGCUUUCGUCUGAUGGGAGUGAUUAUUUUGAAGCCAUGACAUUGGAGCUUACGGAAACAAGGGCGGAAGAGUGUUGGUGUCAAAGUGGUGUCCAAAAGGAGGAAGAAACAAGUGGAGUUUUAUCACCAAAUAAGCCAAGGAGAGGGAGAAUGAGGGGGAAGCAGAGAAAAAACUUUCAAACGGAGGUACUACCUUCCCUUUCCUCUCUCUCAGGGCACGAAGUAACCAAGGAUCUUCAAACGAUUGGGGGAAUGAUGGAAGCUGCUGGUUUUCUAGCGGGGACAAGUCCCGGGAAGAGAUAUGGUGGUAGGAAUGUGUGUUCAAGAGCAAGGAGGCGUUCGGGCAAUUCACUUUGCAAUGGAAUUGAAAACACUGUAUGCUCACCUAUGAAGCAGCAAAACAUUGAUAGUUGUUUUGCUUUGGGGGAAAGAAGCCUGAAAGGUUGGGGGAAGGUAAAUAGGCGGCGGAGGGGGCCAAGAAUUCCGGCUACUAGUACUGCACUUGUAUUCGGCUAAGCAUAUACAGUAUUUUUUAGGGGAGAUGAUUUUUGGUUUCAGUACAAGAUUGGUAAUCUCAAAGGAGAGCCUGUAUUCAUGGCCUUGGUGUGAGUUCAUUUAUGAGACGUGGGAUUGUUUUGUACAUGUCAUUUCAGUCAUUUUAGGUCAGCAUUCUGUGUUGGCCCUCUUUUCAAUGGUAGUUCACGAUGUGUAUAAGUUUCUUAA